GUCAUGACUGUCACUGUAAUAUUUUCGUAAAAUACUUUUUGUAUAAUUUAUUUUGUUAUUCCUAAAAUUUUACCUACAUAUAUAAAUUGAUCACAAUCAUGGCUUACAACCGUAAUCAAAGAUUUGCCUCAUCGCCUCCAUAUUUUAGAAUUUUAGAUCCUGGCGCAUAUCAAAACAUUGGUACAGUGUUAGUGAAAAGCAAUAAAGCACCAUUUCUAUCCAAAAAAGAAAGAAAAAUACAGUCUGGCAAUAAAAUAUGGACUCAUGCAAUAUAUAACAACAAUACUACGUCCUUCAUUCCUAACUGUUCUGCCUUGAUGUCCAAUAUUCCUCGAUUUCCGUAUGAAGCUGUUAAUAAAUUUUCUAGUAUCGAAGAUAUUUUAUGUGAAUGCGAAGAACCAAAUGUUUGCGAAUGCGAAAGUGAUAGUAAAAUUCCACCGGAAGUAAUAUGUCAAGGAAAGGUUAGACGUAUAUUAUAUAAAGGCCCACCACCAAAAUCCAACCAAAGUUGUGGACUGUCAGCUCCUUCGAAAAAAGAUAAAGGAUUUGAGGUCACCCCAGAUGGUUUCCAAAAACGUGUUUUUAUAAAACCUGAGAAAGAAUGUCCUCCAUUUUAUAAUACGGCAAUAAAUGAAUCCACGGCGUUUUAUAGAGGCUGUAAGUGGAGUCGCAGGACAGGUAAAGUUCCUAUGGCUAAAGACGACUUUCCUGGGCCGGCACAUUAUUCAUUAGUGCAUGAGCCAAAUAUUACUGAAAUUUGUGCCGAAAAAGUAAGAUCCUUUAAAAGAAAAACAUCCAAGCAAUUCCGUUUUAUAGAAAUGGUCCAAAGAAGAAAUAUAUUAGACAAUUUGCCUGGACCGAGUAGUUAUAGCCCUGAAAAUAUUAAAGGGACUCAAUUAAGUUAUUUAGGACCAAAGACAGCACGAUUUCCUGGCUCUAUUUUGAAUAAAAAUAAAUGGCCUGGACCAGCAGACCAUUAUCUUCAACGUGACUUUGAUCUACCUAAACGUCCAAUUAAAUUAUGUAAAGCAAUCUUACCACAAAGAGCACCUUUUUUAUCUCACGCCACAAGACUAAAAACUCCGAAAAUAGUUGAUUUAAGUCCAGCAAGCUAUUUUCCCAUAUAUAAACCUUGCCAAUUUAUUCGAUGUUCAAAAGCUCCAUUUCUUGUGUCCACAAAAAGAUUUGAAGAAACCAUUUAUGAUGAAGAAGAAGAUCACGACUAUCUUGAAGAAUUUGAAAAUGGUUCACGCGAGGAUAAAGAUAUAACAAUAACAAAAAAUCCCACAUGGCAGUUUAAAUCCCAAACGGUGAGGAUGAGACCUUUAAAAAAGGAAGCUCUUAGAUCCAUUACAAUUCAUGCGCAACCAUCAGGCAUAAAAAAAAGACAGCUAGAGUUACAACAUUGUUCACCAUUCUAUUCAUCUGAAGCAAGAUUUCGACCUUGGUUUAACUGGAUAGCGGUUCAUGCAAAGGUUAAAACGCCUGGACCAGCUUACUACAAACCAGAAAAAGCAAGAUGUUACCCUGCAGUCAGCCAUGGGCCGUUAACAAGGGUUCAGAGAUUCCUACCCUGCAAUAAACAGAGCCCUGCACCAAAUGAGUACAACAUUUCUAAUGGUAUCGAAACAAUUUUACACACUCAUAACGAACGAUUAAAAAGUAAUAUUAUAAAUCAGCAUAAAUUUCAUUGGAAUCCGCCAGGAGUAUCAAGACUACUAAAUAAUGAAGAGAAAGAAUUGAUUUUACUAAAUAGGUCAAUAGAAUUAUUAAAUCCAGAUGAUGUUAUUGAUAGUUUUGGAUCCAAGUUAAAACGUGGUAAAAAAGAAAAGAAAGUACUACGUUGUUUUGUUAAAAAUUAAAAUGUUUAAAGUAACGGGGACAAAUAGGAUUGUAGGUAUUAUAUACCGGCCAACUAUGGUAAUAUUUUAUUUUAUCCGAUCAACCAUUGAGUUUAUCAGCACUUUUUGAAGUUGUAAUACUUUUGGCGCGUUAGGGAUAUAUGAUGAGAGGAAAUUCUUUUCUACAAAAGUAGAAAAAGGUGAAAGAUAAAAUUUUUGAAAAGAUUUUUAUUUUGUUACGCCAAAGAAACAUAACUUCUAACGCGUCUACCUAAGUACACACACCUUAGCAGCUAUCAGCUAUGUGGAUUGCAACUACUUAAGCAAUUCUGGAACAUUUAUAAUAAAAUUGGUGCAAAUAAUAAUGCGUAAUUAAUAAAUAGCGAUGUAAAGGAAAUACAGCGAAAAUAUCUAUAGACUGUAUCAGAUAUCGAGAUUUUGAUAAAACUAUUAUAUUAGAGUCAUAUUAUUCAUAAUUAUGAAUAAAUUUGGUAUAUUACAGUCAGAAUGAGAAUGGUUGUUUAGUUGUGAUUCACUACAAUCUUUCCAUAUUUAUUUCCUGUCACUUAAUAAACACCACCUUUUGAAUUAAGCCGCGUCUGCGUACGUCAAAAUCAAAAUUCACAAAUGUCAAAUUACAAAACUCUUGACGUUAACAAAGCAUUUUGUUGUAACAGAUAAUAAUUAUUUAUUAUAUAAUUUCUAGCAAUGUUGUUUAUUUAUUGAAAAGUAAAAUUAAAAGAUAUAUCGCACCUCCGCUCAAAUAACGUCACAACUCCAAAAACUACAUUUUUCAGGAAAGACAUUUAAAGUUUACCCAACUUAAUUUGUUUAGUUUUUGGAUCAUAAUUAAAAAGGGAACUAUUUUAGAAGAAAACUUUCUUCACCGA